AUGGCGACUGAAGAUGCACACGCGUCUGCCCUCUCUGAGCCUUCCGUGUCAAUGUGCUACAUGGGCCUUCCCACAGAGGUCCGACACAAGAUCCUCAGCGUGACCGACCUCGUAGCCCCCAAGUCUGCAAUCUCCUGGGAUCUGGAGCAAGGCUUUAGCCUGGGGUACGAGCGUGAAGACCCCUGGAAGACUCCGACACACCUCUUCCUUAUCAGCAAGACCUUCACCGAAGAUGCCCGAGCAGUAUUCUUUGGCUGCAACCACUUCCGCGUCGAGUCCCGCUUCUUCACAAUGAGCGCUAUCAACUCGCUUACACAACUACACAAAUCUCGCCUUGCUCUCAGCACUAGUUCAUCAGGCACUACCCAUUCUACCUUCAUCGGAGCAACUGAAGACUCUGUGUGGCACAUGGUCACACCCCCUGCGCUCGGCGACGGCGAGAACGACGACCUGCUCUACGACGACGACCACAUCACAGCGGGCAUUUUCCUAACCGAGGUCGUACCAAGAUCCUCCCUGCAAUACCUACGCUCGAUCGACAUCUCCAUUCACGACCCGGGCGUCAAACCCGCGCGUCAGCGGGAGUGGCUGCACAUUGUCGACUAUCUCCAGGAAGCAGGCCUAGACCUGCGCUUCCUCCUAGCGAGGACCUGGGGCGGCAUUUCCAAGAGCGAGCUCCCCUUCAGCAGGGAGCUGGAAACUGGCUACGAGCUCGUGACAGAGGAAAGACUGAACGAGCUUGGCAAUUUUGUCGACAAGAUGGUCUGGCCCCUGGAUAAUGACGGAACUCCCCGGGGUACGGGGCAGCUACUCGUGGACAUGCGGCUAUGUGACGCGCUUUGGGAGUUCUAUGGCAAUGUCAUGUACCGCUUGCGCCAGAAGGGCGAGCCGAGAGCUGUUGGUGGGGAGGUCGACUACUCCUUCGAAUCCGCGCGAGAGACGAAACGUGAGAUUGUUCUUGUUCAGGGUGACUUGGCAGCUUGUGAGGGAGUCGUAGAGGGAGUUUGGAUUGAAGGAGCCUAUGCCAGGUUUAAAAACUGGCCCGAGCGACAAGACGGAGGCAUGUGA